AUGGAGUUCUUAUUGUCCAUUUCCAUCUUGAGAGGGGAGUACGGAGAGGACUACGAGGGUAAGGACUUGGAGUUAGAAGAAAACUACAACGAGGUGAUGAGAUCACUGAUGCACAAAACCAAAAAUUUCAUGGUGUUUAGAGAGAAAGAAAUAGGUCAGGCUUAUUGCGUCCCGGCAAGGUCGUCACCUGGACUCAAACCGAACUGCAUCUAUUUCGUGGGCUAUAGCUUCGGUGUUUAUGAUCUCACCACAAAAACUUGCACUACCUUCCUCACAAAAGAAGGUUAUGAAAAAGAUAGUGCUAUAGUUCCUUUAAGGAGUUUGGGAUUCCCUUACUGGCCUCCUCCACUUCCACUCAACUAA